UCAGAUUAUGCCUGUACAUAGGCAGUCUUUCUAUGCUGACAAGGUUUUACAGAAAGAACGGCUAUGAAGGGAAAAGCAAAAGAUUGUGUAUGGACUGGAAAAAGUAGAUGUAAAAACGUAGGGCUAGAUCAUCCCAUGAGCAGUUCAUGAUGGCUCAGGGACCAGGGAGAGCCCUGUAUCUCCGUUGAAUCCCUCAGGGAGAGCAAAUGGCAAAAACAUACAUGUGUCUAAUUGCUGAUCCCCUUCCUUCCAGUGCCCAACAGGCAGCAGUCAAGAGAUGGAGAUAAGAAAGGAUGGCAUGUAAAUUCUUGGCAUAAAUUGUUGGGGAGAACUAUUUUCUCAUAUUUUGUGACACAUCCAUCCUUUUGCCAGAUACUUAAAUAUCGAAUCUGAGCCUAAAGGCAGUUCUUUUACUGGGCUCAGUGCAGUCAGCAGGUCGUCAUCUGAAGUGCGUGGUAAACACUACUCACUGUAGCUGAGGUUAUAUUAUUAGCAACUCCCUAAGCACUGAUCAGUUGUUGAACAAUGAUUGAGCUCAUCAGAGAAAUGUAGGAAUGAGUAAUCUUUGUGUAACCAGAAGAAAAAGAGACCUCUGUAGUGCAGUCUGAUGAGUGGCCCAAGAGUGCCUGUGCCCCUGUGCCCUCCUGGGCACCAGCUGCAGGCAGCAAUCAGCCACACUCACAGGACUGUCCUCAGUCAGUCUCUAGUGCACUGAACAUUUUCUCUCCCAUUUCCAACACAUUUUAUCUAACUCUGGUGAGAAUGAUGGGUGAUAUAAUCAGGAAAAAGGAAAAAUCCCAGCAGUGAUUACUGGAAAGAGAUGGACUGCCUUGAGGAUUUUGACUAUGACAUUUAAAUUCCAAUCUGCAAUUAAUGUAAUUUUGUUUUGUUAUCUUCUGUUUAUAAACUCUGUGUUGUUAUCACAGACUUUUUGGCAUGAUCUUUUUCCUAGAAUGCAAUUGCAUUUUUCAGCUUAUCUUGUUAGUUUAUGUUCAACCUCUGUUGAUUUCAAAGGUUCAUAUUACUUAAGGUCUUUGACUGGACCGGCAUAUAUCUUCACAGGUUCAGAAAGAGGUAAAUUGUUGUUCAUAGAGUCAAGAAAAAAAAAAAAGAACAACAAACAAAGCACCUAUUAAAGGACAAUCUGUGAGUUUCUCCUUCUGCACAGAAUUUCACACUGUGACAGAGCCUCUGUGUGUGAGACAGAAGAAGAAUGGAGGAGUCCAGAAAAAAAUUUGUUGGUUUCAUAGACAAGGCACUAGCAACUGCCAGCACAAUGCAUCGUGAUGAACUGCUAUUUUCUUACAAGGGAAUUCCCUACCCUAGAGCGUUUUACAGUCCUGAAACAUUCAAAGCCUUGGAGUCCUUUGAAGCCAGAAGUGAUGAUGUAAUUUUGGCAGCAUACCCUAAAUCCGGCACAAACUGGCUAAGUCAAAUCUUAACUGACCUGAUAGCCAUAUCUCAAAAGAAAACACCAGGUAGUGAAAGCAGUGUGAAUACUGAAGAACCAGAAGAAUUCCCCUACCUCGAAGCUGGAGAUGCUGAAAAAUUUGAGCGAAUGAUCAAAUUACCUUCUCCAAGAUUUAUGGUUACUAAUCUCCGCCCUGAAAAUCUUCCCCAAUCUAUCUUCAAAAACAAUGCCAAGAUAUUGUUACUGAUUCGUAAUCCAAAAGAUGUAGCUACAUCUUAUUACCAUUUUUCCAAUGGCGUGACUACUGUUCCCUCCUAUGAGACCUGGGAUGAUUUCUUCACAGAUUUCAUGACAAAGAAAAAUUUACACAGGGAUACAGACAUGACUAGAAACAGUGAAAGAAUCAUUGAAAUGGUGGACAAAUGUUUUUCAGAGGGUGACAGGAUGGCCCCAGAAGACAUGCUGUUUUCCUACAGAGGUAUUUUAUACCCAGUUACAAUUAGCAGCCUGCAGACUUUGGAAGCUCUGAAAUCAUUUGAAGCCAGGAGCGAUGAUGUGAUUCUGGUAGGUUAUCCUAAAUCAGGAACCAAUUGGCUUGAACAAAUGGUGAAGGAGUUGGCAGAUGCCAAAUAUACAGAAGAGGAAAGGAAAGAGAGAAUAAAUGCUGAAAAGAAACUAGAGACAUUUUCUCAUCUAGAAUUUGGGGAUCCCGGGAUAAAUGAGAGGAUGAAGCAGCUUCCUUCCAGAAGAAUUAUAGUAACCCAUCUGAGACCUGAUGUCCUGCCUUCAUCCAUUCUCCAAAGCAAGGCUAAGAUCCUUGUGCUAGUUCAGAACCCCAAGGACACGGUUGUCUCCUAUUACCACUUCUGCAACAACCUACCAGUGAUGCCGUCCUUCACCUCCUGGGAUGAGUACUUUGCAGACUUAAUGAAUGGAAAAUUGGCCUGGGGAUCCUACUUUGACCACCUAGUGGAAUGGAACAAAUACAUUGACAACGAGAGGAUCAUGACAAUAAGCUACGAGGAAGUCAAAGAGGGCCCAGUACUGGGGAUGAAAAAGAUUGCUUCCUUAUUUGGAUUUUCCCUGUGUGAGGAAGAUUUUUCCAGAAUUGCCAAGACCAGUUUCAAAUCUAUGAAAGAGAAAUCCAGUGAAAUCCAUGGAAAGUUUGGGGACAUCCUCUUCCAGAAAGGGGUUAUUGGAAACUGAAGAGACAUCUUCUCUAAAGCUCAGAAUGAAGAAAUGGACCGGAAAUUUCAAAAUUCCUUAGGAGGAACAAAGAUGGCAGCAAAGAUAAAAUAUGAUGUGUACUGCAAGGCCUGA